AUGUUUCCACACAAAAAAGUAAAAUGGCGCAUUAGAUAUUGCGAAGACUUUUCGAAAACUGAAGAGAGUGUGAGAUAUUUUGAGAUUACUAAGUCGACAGCAGCGGGUGGGCCCGCCGCGUGGAUGGUGGCGGGCGAAUGGGGCUAUGCGCCGGUGUCGGGCACACCCGCCAUGAACGCUUUCCUGGAGACAAACCACGCACACCUCGCGUCCUACGGCCUGAAGAUGUCGCCAGAACCGUCCUGCGGUGUUGCCGCGCAGCACCGCGCCGCCGCACCGCACCCGCCUCCUCCUCAUCACCCACCCCACUACCAACACUACCCACUGCAUUCCUACCAACCGGGCUACUUACGAGAGUACGGUGGAUGCGGAGAACUAUUCCCCCAACAGCCCAUAGAACAGAGCUGGGACUGGCGCAGCGAUGUACAUUACCAGGGGGGUGCGCCCCCCUUGAUGCCUCACGCACACCCACACACACCGCACGCGUUCCUUCGAUACGUCCGAGCACCCCCCAGACGGGAUAUGCGAUGUCAAUGGCUGGAUCCAGAGCAGCCCCCUCCAAGGAAACUGUGCAACAAGUUAUUUUCAAGCAUGCAUGAGAUUGUGACCCACCUAACCGUGGAGCAUGUUGGCGGACCAGAAUGUACGACGCAUGCGUGCUUCUGGCAGGGCUGCUCGAGGAAUGGGAGGCCGUUUAAGGCGAAAUACAAGUUGGUGAACCACAUCCGGGUGCACACCGGUGAAAAGCCUUUUCCGUGCCCGUUCCCUGGAUGUGGCAAGGUGUUCGCGAGAUCGGAAAACCUGAAGAUACAUAAAAGGACGCAUACAGUUAUAAACCACAACAGGACUUAUUCUAUGAACACAAAAAGAACUUAUGAUAUCGCCCGAGACCCAAAUCCAGGACGUUCUGGUCCAGGAGUCUACCACUAA